GAUAGACCUUUUUCUUGUCAUCUAUGUCCUCGCGCCUUUGCUCGUAAACACGAUCUACAGCGACACAUUCGUGUUCAUACAGGUGAUAAACCUUAUGUUUGCCCAUGCUGUAAAAAAGGAUUUGCCCGUACAGAUGCUCUCAAAAGACAUUUACGUGUGGAAGAACAAUGCCGUAAAAGUAAUGAAGUACAAACCAUGAAAGAAACAGGCAAAAGACGA